GUGAUGCUUCCCAUCUCACACCGAUCGCCUGUUGGGAUGGAGUCGGAUGUGGAGGACAUUGUGGGCUACGUCGAUGGUGGAAAAGGCGACAUCAUAGGCAUCUACGGAAUGGGCGGUGUCGGUAAGACCACCAUGUUGGAGAGGAUCCAGCAACACUAUCAUCUUAACCAUGCCGUAUUUGAUCGUGUGAUUUGGGUUGUGGCCUCCAAAGACUGCUAAUUGAAAAGGCUCCAGAUGGAUAUUGCUAAGAGUCUAGGACUGAAGACACUGCAGGAGAGUGACGAUGAACGAACCUGUGGUGAUAAGCUGUUCAGUUUCUUGAAGAAGAGGAAUUGCUUGUUGCUUCUCGAUGACAUUUGGGAACAUGUGGAUCUUCAACUAUUGGGGAUGGCACACUCAGUUAUUGAGCAAGGCCAGCAGCAGCAGCCGCGUAAAGUUGUGGUGUUCACGACCCGCAGUGAGACAGUGUGUGCACAAAUGAAGGCAGAAAAGAAGAUCAAAGUCAGAUGUCUGGAUUCAGAGCAAGCAUGGCAACUCUUUGAGCAGAACAGCGAUGGGGAUGUUCUCAGCUCAGAUGCUGGAAUUAAGUUCAUUGCUGAAGAACUUGCUAAAGAAUGUGCAGGUCUUCCGCUCGCUCUUCUAACCGUCGCCCGGGCCAUGUCAGGGAAAAGAUCUUGGGAAGCUUGGAAUGACGCUCUCAAUCAAAUAAGGGAUAGACAUGAGUGGACGACCGUAUGCCUUCCAGAAGAUUCAGUCAUGUAUAAGGCCUUCAAGCUGAGCUACGACAGUUUAGAGAAUGACUUCAUAAGAAAAUGUCUCUUGUGUUGCGCUUUGUGGCCUGAAGAUCAUAUGAUCAGUAAGCUUGAGUUGAUACCGUGUUGGAUAGGUUGCGGCAUAAUCUCUGAAUUUAAUGUGAUCAAUGAAGCUUUAGCCAAAGGAUGCUCGUAUUUGGAAGCUCUCAUUGCUACAUCCUUGCUAGAGAAAUGUACUGACAUCGACUCUUCUUAUGGGGACACGCUUGUAAAGAUGCACGAUGUCAUCCGAGACAUGGCACUGUUGAUGGUCUCUGGUUUGGAGAGCAACAAAAGAAAAUGGAUUGUAAAAGCAGGAAUCGGAUUGAGUGAUUUGCCUAGACAAGAAGAAUGGCAAGAAGCAGAGCGAGCAUCAUUCAUGCGCAAUAAGAUUACUUCUUUACAAGGGUAUGAAGCUUCUGCUUUUCCAAAACUUUCUAUGUUGAUUCUCCUAGGAAACUUAGACCUAGAAGCAAUUCCUUCAAGUUUGUUCGCAAGCAUGCCUCAUUUGACAUACUUGGAUCUUGGAUGUUGUGGUAUAACAGAGCUUCCAAUGGAGAUCGGUAGCUUGACUGAGCUUCAAUAUUUAGAUUUCUCCUUCAAUCCUAUUGCAAAAUUGCCGGCCGAGUUGGGUUGCUUGUGCAAAUUAGAGUACUUGUUUCUAAAUUCUACUCGUCUUAAGAUUGUACCCAAUGGGACGAUAUCCAAUUUAUUAAUGCUCAAGUGGCUGGAUAUAAGUAACAAUCCUCUUGUACCCGAGUGGUGGUGGGAUGAGCUGAAAUCUUUCAAAGGUCGUCACCAAUUAAGUGUGGGAAUUAACAUUAAUGCUACAACAGAUAACAUUCAGCGACUCAACAUGUUACCAAAUGUCUCCAUAUGGGGACUCACUUUGGAUGGAGAGAAUAUUUCAAAACAUGAGCAAGUAAUGGAUCUGGGCACUCCACAAUGGGGUUGCAGGGUAAGUGACAAGCUUGAUAUUCUGAACAUUGUGUGUCUCGGAUUACGCAGAUUUGUGUUGGCUGCAGGCAUAAGUCGGGAAUCAAGUUUUGGAUGUUUAAAGCGUCUCCAUUUUCAAUUCCUAAAACUAUUGGUAGAGAUUUCAUUGAAGAGAGUUCGGUUCUACAACCUUCGUGAAAUAUAUAUUUCCAAUUGCCCCAUGUUGAAGGAUGUUUCUUGGGUUCUCCAACUGCCAUGCCUUAAAUUUCUAGAGAUACAUAGUUGUGGAAAAAUGAAGGAACUAAUAAGUGAGGUAGGGAACUCCAACUCCAUCACUAUCUCUAGCAUCCAGACCUUGACUUUGGACAAAAUGUCAAAUCUCAAUCGCAUUGCAAACCGGCCGCUCCAUUUUCCCUACUUGGAAUUUAUAGAUGUGCAAGAUUGCCCAGAGCUCAAAAAAUUAUCAUUUAGGGCUGAAAUGUUGAAGAACAAAUUAAAAGAGAUUUGCGGUGAAUACUAUUGGUGGAACAACUUGGAUUGGGAUGACGAGAGCAUCAAGGAUUCCUUGACUCCUUAUUUUAGGCCACCAAUUUGGACAUGAAGCAUUGGCCUUUUGGUCAAGGAGAUUAUAGGGCGUUCAAUGUUUUGAUCGUCGUGGAUGGUCAAAUUGUUGGAUUCUUUGGUUCGUUGGACAUGUAUCUAAAUUUGAUUGAUGAUUCCUAGCUAGCUAGUUAAUGUUUUACAAUUUGAUCAUUGAUAUUGUCUUCUUAACUUUACUUCAUCAUGAAGGAUUUUCAUUUC